AGCAGGAGGCGGGACAUGACGUGUAAACUCUGCUGUGGAAAGACCAGUGUUGUUGUUUACAUCUCGUCCACACGGGGUCGGCCCUCAUCACCAGAAGAUCUGGAAUCUCCUCGUGUUUCCAAGUGGACGUCUUCAUCUUCUACGUGUCCGGCUCCUCUUCUUCAUCCUGAGAUGAUGUCGAUGGCGGAGGCGCCUUUAGAUCUGUUCUCAGAGCAGGAGUUAACCUGCUCCAUCUGUCUGGACCUGUUCGUGGAACCAGUCACAACUCCCUGUGGACACAACUUCUGCCAGGCGUGUAUUGGAGGUUACUGGGCGUCCAGUCCCGUGUGCACGUGUCCGCUGUGCAAACAUCCGUUCGAUGAACGACCUCAGCUCAGCGUCAACAAAGUCUUCGCUCUCAUCGCAGACAAAUACAAAGAGACUCGUUAUGGAGCCGCGGGGUUUCCGCCGCUGGGCGGGAACGAGGCUCCGUGGACGACUGGCGACACAAACCCGUUUUUGACGGUGGCGACGGUGGCGACAGGUGAGGAGGUGGUGUGGUGUGAUGUGUGUACAGGUGGGAAACAACCUGCCGUCAGCUCCUGUCUCACCUGCACGGCCUCAUACUGCACUGAGCAUGUGCGGCCACAUCACACCGCGCCCUUCUACUCCAAACACCCGCUGAUGGAUCCUCUGGAGGCUCUGCGGGGCCGCACCUGCUCGCUCCACCGCCGCCUGCUGGAGGUGUACUGUCGGACAUGUCAGAGGUGUAUCUGUGCCAUUUGUGUCCUGGAGGAACAUCGAACACACAAAACUGUCUCUGUCCAGACAGAGAGACUCAGCAAACAGAAACAGGUGGCGAGGACGGAGCAGGAAAUCCUGAACCGCAUCAGAGAGCGAGAGAUCCACGUGACGGUGCUCAGGAGGAAGCUGGAGGGAGUGAAGAACUACGCAGAUGGACAGCGAGGGGAAGUUGAACACCUGCUUGACGAAGUGUCCGCUUCCCUCGACCGGAUCCGGACGCGGGUGGUGGGCGGGAUCGAGAACCAGCUGGAUGCCGUCAUGUCAAAGGGGGAGGGGCUGGUGAGCCGUCUGGAGGCGGAGCUCAGCCAGUUGAUGGACAGGAGGGCCACACUGGAAGUCCAGGCCAUCAGUCAGGAUCACAUCGGUUUCCUGCAGAGCUUCGAGGAGGCCACAGUGCCUCUGGCUGACGAUCUGCAGAUCAACGUGGACGAGGACCCUGAGUUCUCCCUCCAUUUCAAUCUGGCGGAGGUGAAGAGUUCUCUGACAGACGUGAAAGACAAGAUGGACGACAUCAGGAUGGAGGAGGUCCGCUCCCGGGGCUCCGGAGGCUCCUUUUCAUCCACAGACAUGAUGGCGGCGGAGAGCAUGCUCAGUCUGAGAGGAAGCAGCGCCAACCUGAGGAAGAGUCAGUGGUCUCUGAGAGAUAUGAAGAAGGUCAAAGCCGUCUCAGGACAUAAAAAGGCUCGGGUCUACAUGGAGGACGUGACGUUGAACCCGGUGACGGCGUAUCCCUUCCUCAUCCUGUCUGAGGACAGGAAGCAGGUGAAGCGAGGAGAGAAGCUGCAGUUCUACAGAAACAGUCCUCACAGGUUCGAUGUGUGGUCCUGUGUCAACGCCAAGGAGGGCUUUGGCUCUGGACGCCAUUACUGGGAGGUGUUUGUCGGGGAGAAUAAGGACUGGAAAGUGGGCGUGGUCAGCGAGUCGGCUCAGAGGAAAGGUCUGUUCGACAUGAGUCCCUCUAACGGAUACUACGCCAUCUGGUGGAGUGGCAGCCAGCUGAGGGCGCUCACUGCACCACCACUCACCAAGGUGAAGAACCCUCAGAAGCUGCGUCAGGUGGGCGUCUUCCUGGACGUGGACGUGGGUCAGGUGUCCUUCUAUAAUGCCAAGUCGGGCUCUGAGAUCUACAGCUUCACUGGAUCGUCUGAGUUUACAGAGAGGAUAUUUCCUCUGCUGGGAACUGGAGACAAAGAGGUCCCCCUGGUGCUCAUCACCGCACAGCACCACGUGGCCUGAGGGCCGGGCCUUGUCCCCGAGCGAGACAGAGGAGACGAGAGGACAGACGACGGGACAGAAACUUUGAUUCAGUUGUGACUCUGUUGCCUUUGAUGACUAAAUAAAACGUCAGUCCUCCUUUGAUCUUUCUUCUGAACCAGAUCCAUCGAUUGAUCAGCUGACGUCUCGUCUCACUCUCCAGAUCCUUUAACUGUAAAAAAAAAACGCCGUGACAAUUUAGUUUGUUGAUUAAUGAGUGAAUAAAGUGUCAGAAAUAAAUGAAACAAGAAAACAUGUUUAACAUAUGAACAUUAAAACAUAUGAACAUUUCAGUCAGAAUCACUUCUGUCAAAAAAAUCUUCAUUUGAAUCUGCAUCAGUAACAGCUGGUGGUCCUGGGACCUCCUGGACCUGAAGAGGGAACACACCAGAGCGUCCAUCAGCAACAACACAAAUGAGUUGCAUCACACCCAGUCUGAAGAAAGGGUGGAGCUGGGUGGAGCUGGUUUUCAGAGGGAGCAGCUCGAAGAAAUCAAGGCGCCGUGUUGGAGCUUUGCCAGUGAACGUGUCAGGGAACCAGCUGCUGGGGGCGGAACUACGCUCAAUAUGAACAUAUGAUCAUUAGAUCGUGAGAACAUGGUGUGAUGACCCUCAUUCUACCUGCCUGUGUGCCUUGCUCAGUGUGGUAGGUGGGGCUUCAGCCACUUACCUGCCCACCUGGGUGGGCCGUCCCAGAGAGUAUAAAGGACUGGUCUUCUGGGAGUGUCUCUCUCUCUCUCAGCAGGGCCUGCUGCAGCAGCCUGAUCAUUCAUCCUUUUGUCUCAGUAAAAUAAAUUCUAUUUGAUUUAAA